AAAGUAGAACCCGUUGAUUUCAAGAGCCGAUUUCCCGUCAAAAAUAAUGUUUAACCAGUUUAUCCUUUUUUUCAUAUUAUUAUGGACACCAUUUAUCAGUGGAAAACAGGCAUGGACUAUUGAUUCUAUCAGGGUUGAAAUCUCAUCAAGUUCACCCCAAAACUUUGUUGAAAAAUUCGUUGUAUCAAGCGAAUCAAGUCAUUCAUGGUCUCUUAGAAGUACAGAUAUGCUAUCACUAAGUUUUAAGGUUAAACGGGGGUCUCAUUUGGCUCAACCACAUCAAAGUAUGUUAUUAAUAGGGCAUCCGGAAAAACAGAUAGAGAAUGCCCUUAUUGUUCCUGUGGAUUCUAAUGGGAAUGCUCAUUUAAAGCUGAAUCAUAAUAGGAUUCCUCUUUCAUUAUUAUUUUCAGAAACACCAUUAUUAUUAACACUUGUUAUUGGCUCUUUUGGUGAUGUAACACCCUUAUUAUAUAAGCUAGGGAAGCUCGAAAUUACUGAUAUUAAUAAUGAUUAUGAGAUGCCUAUACCUCCUAAACGAUAUGGCCCAUUGCCUGAAAUUUCUCAUACUUUUUCUCCAGAAAGGGUGGAGUCAUCAAAGAUUUUGUCAUUGUUAUUUUCUUGUGCAAUUUUAUUUGGCUUUGUUAAGCUAUUUAAAUUGCUAAAAAAUACAUCUUUUGAAACGUCUUCGUUUCUUUCUAUUAUAAGAGACAAUUCUUUCUCUUGUUUUUUGUUUUUUAUUUUACUAUUAUCUAUUGAAUUUUUAUUUUAUCUAUAUUGGACGUCUAUUCGACUUUUACAUACAUUAGCUGGAAUUUUAAUCAUAUCGCCUUUUCUUUUUUUUUAUGGAAGAAGAACCUUAUCUGAAAUACAGAAAAGAAGAAUUUGAAUUAAGAAAAGAAGAAGAAGAUUCUAUAUGUUAAAAAAAAU